GGUGAUAACUUUAAGGUGUGUUUUGCCCUCUUCCUCUUUUGUGUGUUAAAAUACAGUUUCUUUAGGCUCGCCUGAAUUCUCUCCGACCAUCAUCAUCACUCUUUCACUUUUUUUUUUUUUUAAAUCUCCAAUGGAGCUUGUCUGAAUUGAAUUCGAAUAGUAAAGGCCAGAGAUUUGUGUAAGUCUUGUCUAUUCGAGGGUUUUUGUUCUCAUUCUCAGUUCUGUCCAUUUUGUUGAAUUUGGUUUGUAAUUUUGAUUAAAAGGGUAAGUAAAAUAAGUAAUCGUCGUAAUUCGCCUCCAAUUAAAUCUAACCCUUUAGACUAAGCCAGAAGGUUUCGGUUUCAAUUUUCUUUAUCCUCCCAAAACCCUAAAAACUCUUGGUCUAUUUAGCCGACUACUCUACUCCUGUCCAGAAAUCGAGUUUCAAGUCACCGGUGAAAUUGUUGUAAUCCCGGCGGUUGCUUCUUCCACUUUCAUCUUUAAACAUGUCGUCGCUGCGUAAUUGUGUUCCACGGCCUGCUCAUAAGGAGCGAUCUCAACCCAGGCAAGCUAGAAAGAAGUUUGGUCUCCUGGAGAAGCAUAAGGAUUAUGUUAUCCGAGCUAAAGCUUAUCACAAAAAGCAGGAUACUUUAAAGAUACUUAGGCAGAAGGCGGCAUUCAAGAAUCCAGAUGAAUUCAACUUUAAGAUGAUCAAUAGUAAAACAGAUGGUGGAAAUCAUAGACCAAAGGAUGAGGUAAAUAAGUACUCUGCGGAAGAGCUCAUGAUAAUGAAGACCCAAGAUAUAGGAUAUGUGUUCCAAAAAUGGCAGAGUGAGAAAAACAAAAUUGACAAGCUUACUUCAUCACUGCAAUGUACUGAAGGUCAGUCAAGCCGUAGACAUGUUUACCAUGCAGAAGACAGAGAGGAGGCUAGAGAACUGGAGACAGAAAGUAGAAGCAAAAGUGAUAUCUCGGCGAGAGGGAUCCCGAGAGAGAUUAAAAAGAAAAUGGAUAGGUCCUAUAGAGACCUUGAGGGACGGAAGAGCAGGGCUAAAGGUUUGGAAAAGUUAUACGUGGAUAUGUCAAUGCAGAAGGAAUUACAGAAAAAGGGUCGCAAACGUAAGCUGCGUGAAGACGAGAUACUCAAUCCAAAUGGUAAACCGGUAUACAAAUGGCGGGCCGAUAGAAAGCGUUGAAGAAAAGCAGAGUUUUAAUUAUAUAAGUUUUUGAUCUCCCUUCCCUGCAAACGUUAGAUGCAAACUUUGAUGGGACAUUUUUUGUUUACUUUUAAACUUUUCUUGUUGCAUAUCUGGAAAAGUUUGCUAAUGCAAUUGACGAAAUUGAAACACACGGAGCCAAAAUAGUUAUGAUAUCGAAGACUUUGAAUG